GUGGAGAAAGAGAGAGAGCGAGAGAGCGAGAGAGGAGGAGAAAACGACAAGCCGGUUCGCCGGUGCUAAAAUACUCCACGCUGUGCACAAGGACACCGGGACAGAAAUGCCCCCCAAAGAUAUGCGAGACAUUAGAAUGCCGGUUUAUCGGGAGUGAUCCGCAAAGAGACGGGUUUUUGUCACUCACUGGUAGGAGGAGAUUCGGAGUCAAACAAAAGGGAUUGAUUCUCUGUAAACUCCCAAACUGGAAAACUUGGCAGCGGUCUGUGCCGCUGAAACAUGGCUUUGUCAGUGCGGAGUUGGGUCGCGAACGAGGGAGGAAAACACUUGGUUCUGGUGCUGUGGCUGGGAGCUAACACCUUGUUGUUCAUGAGGACGUUCCUAUUGUACUACCGUGGGCAGCAGUACCACUAUCUCCAUCAGAUGCUCGGGCUAGGGCUGUGUAUCAGCAGAGCGUCUGCCUCAGUGCUAAAUCUGAACUGCAGUCUGGUGCUGCUGCCUAUGUGUCGCUCUUUACUCACCUACCUCAGAGGAACACACACGGUGACAAGCAGAAAGGCCCGCAGGCUUCUGGACAAGAGUAAGACCUUUCAUGUGGCGUGUGGAGUAGCCAUUUGUGUAUUUUCCGUUGUGCACGUAUCGGCUCAUCUGGCCAACGUGGUCAACUUCAGCAUCAGAUACUCAGAAGAGUUCCCUUCUCUCAACGUUGCUCGCUACAGGGGAGAGGACCCCAGACUCAUCAUUCUGACUACAGUCCCGGGGAUCACUGGUAUCCUAUUGGUCCUCAUCCUCUUUCUGAUGUUCACUGCCUCUUCCUACUGCAUCAGGGUGUCCAACUAUGAGAUAUUCUGGUACACCCACAACCUCUUCAUAGUGUUCUACAUCAUACUGAUGGUGCAUGUGGUCGGUGGUGCUCUGAAGUACCAGACCAACUUCGAGGCCCACCCCCCUGGCUGUCUCAGAGCCAAUCAGACUAACCCGGACAGGACAGAGGAGGAGUCAGGACAGGAUGGAGGAGAUGGAUGGAGCUGCAGGGAGGAGGCUCGGUUCCAACCCAACUCACCUGAGACCUGGCUGUGGGUGUCUGGUCCUCUGUGUCUCUACUGCGCUGAGAGGCUGUAUCGCUACAUUCGGAGCAACUCCCCCGUCACCAUAGUUGCUGUCGUCAGGCAUCCCUGUGACGUCAUCGAGCUGCGCAUGCUGAAGAAGGACUUUAAAGCCCACCCAGGACAAUACAUUGUACUAAACUGUCCCAGUGUGUCAUCAUUUGAAAAUCAUCCCUUCACUCUGACUGCGUGUCCCACGGAGAAGAAAGAAACAUUAGGAAUACAUCUCAGAGUGGUGGGAGACUGGACUGAACGUUUUACGGAGUUGUUGCUUCCUGAGCCGGGAGCCGAGUCAGAGAUCCUACCCAUGGUGCAACAGAGGAGAUACCCAAAGCUGUACGUGGAUGGUCCGUUCGGCAGUCCGUCACAGGAGGUGUUUAACUACGAAGUCAGUCUGUGUGUGGCGGGUGGGAUCGGAGUCACGCCAUUCGCCUGCAUUCUGCACGCCCUGCUGGAUGGCUGGAGGCAUUUCCGUCUGAGGAGGCUAUACUUUGUGUGGGUGUGCAGGGAGCUGCAGUCCUUCUACUGGUUCGCUGAGCUGCUGUGUGCCUUACAUCACAAGCUGUGGCAGGAAAAUAGACCUGACUAUCUGAACCUGCAGCUCUUCGUCAGCCAGGCAGAUGGACUUCAGAACAUCUCUGAGGAGAGGUACCGCCCCCUGAGUUCCCGGCUGCUGAUUGGCCGACCGAGGUGGAAGUUGCUCUUUGAGGAGAUAGGGAAGACCAAUAAGCAUAAGCGGGUGGGGGUGUUCUGCUGUGGGCCUAAAGGCAUCUCCAAGACUCUGCACAGACUGUGUAACUCAGACCGCUACUCAGGAACCACGUUUGAGUUCAACAAAGAGUCCUUCAGCUGAGACCAGCUACCCCUCACCGUGACCCCUGACCAUAGGCCCUGACCCCUGACCCCAGACUCACAGAGAGACAGCUGACUUCAACCUACCAGGAAGUGACUCACUGGUUCUCCUUCCAUCAGAGAGAAGCAUCACUCUCACUGGUGUUGAGUGACGUCACCAGCGAACAACUGGGACUUGUUCACGAACUAAGAGAACCUGGUUGCAAGCCACCAUUUUGAGAAAACACUGCCAUAUUGCUUGCCUCACACCAAUCCAGUCCUGUCAGAUGGUUUUUAUUUAUUUUUAUUUUUAUUUCACCUUUAUUUAACCAGGUAAACCAGUUGAGAACAAGUUCUCAUU